UCCGCCGGCGAGUGACACGGCCGCUCGCGAAAUAUAGCGAGCACGGAGAGAGCGCUUUGAAGACCGUUCCUCUACAAGUAUAUUAUAUUGUAGUUGUCUUUCUCUUCGUCCGAAGCGGUGGCCAGUCGUCGACCUCGAUCGGCGCAACGGCGGGGGCCCCUUUCACUUGAAAAAGCCGCGCGCGAGCGAGAGAGCCUUUCCGGACUCGCUUUUCGAGCCGCUGAGGCUCUCCCGCGGCGCAGUUCCACACCGGACACGUCGCGAGUAGCGAGCGAGCUCUUUUCCUUUCGACGCCGCUGACUGUGGUUUCGCCACUUUCCAACUGGGCAUCCACUGCUGCUGCUGCUGCUGCUGCUCGUCUAGUCGGUUUCGAUUUCCUCUGCUCCGAGUACCCACGCAGCCGCUUGCUCUGGGUGCUUUUUCCCUUGGUGCAGGGCAGAGCUGGAGCUGCAGACUCCCGAUUGCAUCGUCGUAUACGCGGGAUGAACGACCGCGGAGGCGGCUAGCGCCGGCGCGCGCUGAUUUCACUUUCAAAGAACCAAAGUUUCGGAUACGUUGGCCUUUUUCCUCCAACUCGGGCUGCCGGCUGCUGCGCUGCAAAGACAUUCGAGCACUGCGGAGGACACUGCGGCUCGCACGUGGGGCGCUGCUAUACCUUAUUCAUAGGCGUCAUCAAAGUACGCACGCGGUCGCGCAGAGCCGAGGGAGAAGAAGCCAUGGUGUCUCGCCGGCCGACGUAAUCUCGCGCGCUCAGUCCAGAAUCUGCCGCCGUCAGGAUGCCGUCUUCGAACGCGAAGGCCGUGGCUCUGGCCGCUCUGCUGCUGCUCCUCGGACACUGUGCCAAUAGCCUGAUUAUUCCUGAAGAACUUCCGACCAUCCUCUCGCUUAUAUACUCGAAUAUUCCACCAAUCAAGAAAGGAACCGACUCGAGGCUUGGCCUUGGUUUUAGACUCGGCGAGCACGCCGACUUUCAAGUUCUCCUUGAACUUGGACCGCAAAAAGAAACCGAUCCCAUCGGCAAUGAUGUCGAUUCGAAGAGGAAAAGAGCCGCGACGAUGAUAGCGGCCAUGAGAGGUGAUCUCGGCCCUUGGGCCCAAGCUGUAGCUAAAUACCAAAUGGAGCAAAAAAUCAAAAAGGUUCUGGAAAAAUACAAGUUGAGCCCUGAGAAGGCGUCCAAGUCCAAGGAUUACGCGGAUAAGAAUACGGAAGACAAGAGUGAAGGAAACGAGUGGCUUUCAAAAUGGAGUCAAGGUCUGGAAGUGAACCCAGACAGCCCAGCACCUGUGCCAGAAUACACUUCUACUCGCAAAAACUUGUCUCACGUCAAUCGUAUGAGAGUAGUGAAUGUCCCGAGUACCAGUGAUAGCCAAAAAGACAGUGCGAAAAGUGAUUUGGACAUUCUGAGGCAGCUCUUUGGAAAUAAUACAAACGAGGCGAAAAGUGCGUAGUAAUCCUUGGAUCGAUAUCUAUGUAAACCGAGCGAUAAGCUUGCUCACAUGCCAAUAGUUACCAGUUACUUUUAUAUUUUUGUUAUAUGUAUAUAUGUGUCUAUUUAAAAUAAUAUUACUAAUAAUACACACGUUUGUUUGCAAAAUC